GUGUAUCAAAUCGCUGGUUAAGGCCAUAAGUCGAGGAGUAAGUUACCCAUAAAAAAAGCUCAAAAUCUAUAAAAAGCUCACACCUUGAGUAUAGAGCACACAAUAGUAGGCGACAUUUUAAAGGACAGCAUUUGGCAGCUAUGCGUUUAACUAUCAACAUUGUUGCUGUGAUUGCCAUUGCGUCUGGUUGUCUGUCCGCCUCCUCGGACGAUCGCAUUGUGGGUGGUUUUGAAAUCGAUAUCAGAGACAUUCCCUUUCAAGUGUCCCUGCAAGGUGGCUGGAAUUUUUGUGGAGGUUCUUUAAUAUCAAAACGCUACGUUCUAACCGCCGCUCACUGCACUGAACAUCACUCGCAAGAAUACCCACAUUUUAAAGUGCGCAUAGGCUCAAAUCAUUCACAAAAGGAAGGUCUACUUCUGCAACCAAUUCGCAUUUAUCAACAUCUUCAAUACAAUCGCAAAACCAAGGAUUAUGACUUCUCAAUACUCGAACUAGAAGACUAUGACAGCAGUGAACUGUUUUUUGAAAUUCAAUAUGCCAAAUUACCCGCCAACGAUGAUGUGCUGGCCGAGGGUACUCUUCUCACCGUUUCCGGCUGGGGUAAUACCAAAAAUCCCCAUGAAAGAACCGAUGUUCUAAGGGCUGCCCGUGUGCCCAAAGUCAAUGAAGAUGCCUGUAAGAAAACCUACAAUGAGCAUGGUGUGGUAACUGGUCGCAUGUUGUGUGCCGGUUAUCCUCAAGGUGGCAAAGAUUCCUGCCAAGGUGAUUCCGGAGGUCCCUUGUCUCUCGAUGGUACUCUGGUGGGUGUGGUCUCUUGGGGUUUUGGUUGUGCGGAGCCCAUGUAUCCAGGGGUAUAUGCUCGUGUAGCAUCCGUAGUGCCAUGGAUUGCUGAAACUGCUGGCCUUAGUUUGUAGAUUGUAGUGAAUAUUUAGAAACUAUUAUGGGAAAUGGGAGAAAAUAUAAAUGUUGCACAGUGUUUUAUUUUGUAAAAAGUUCAAUGGUGUUUUGAAACAAUGCAAUAAAA